AUGUCGAGUUACUACUUUAGUCCACGACCCAAAAGUCUGGGUCCAGAUGAACUUCCCCGUUCCCACUCGCUGAAACAAAAGAAGAGCAUGGAACGGUCACGUCGUGAGGCCAGCUACGGCAAAAGCCCACUCUACGAGCUGUAUGAGGCCUUGCCUUCGGUUUCACACGUUGUACCACGUGUGGUAAGUUGAUUUUUUUUAAAUUUUGAGUUUUUAAAAAAAAUUAGAAAAAAAUUUUUUUUUUUAAAUUUUAAAAUUUUUUAAAAAUUUUUUAAAUUAAAAAAAAAUGACAUUUUUUAUAAUUUAUAGUUCAUAAAAAUGAUUUUUCUAAAAAUUUGUUACUUAAAAACCUAAUUUUCCCCCUUUUGUUACCUAAAAACCUCAUUUUUCACCUUUAAACCCUUAAAAAUCAAAUUAUUUUAAUUAAAUUGCCAUUUUCAACCCAAUAAAACAUAUUUUUUUAUUCCCACAUUAACAUAACUUCUUUACCUUUGCCAUUCAUUCCAAAAUGACAUUAUUUUCCUUACCUGCCAUUAGUAAUAUGACUCUAUUUCAGCACAAACGUCGUUCGGAGAAACGUGAAUGGGCUCCCCUCAAGGCUUCGAAACAUGCCCAAGAGACCGUGAAUCCAAUCCGCAAGAUCGCCGACAGUCUAGCCGUCGCCCCAAAUCCAGCCAAAUCAGCCAUUAAACUGAACUUGGGUGAUCCAACUAUCACAGGAAACCUGCCCCCAAGCCAAGCCGCUAUUGAUGCUAUCCAUGAGAUCAUUGACAGCCACAAAUACGAUGGCUAUGGUCCAGCUGUUGGCUCGUUGGAAGCUCGUGAGGCCGUGGUUGAGAAGUUCUCGACACCAGAAGCUCGCUUCACCGCCGACGAUGUUAUUCUGGCUUCUGGAGCAUCACACGCUCUUGACAUGGCUUUGGUGGCUUUGGCUGAUCCUGGAGAGAACAUCUUGGUACCAGCUCCAGGCUUCCCUCUCUACAACACUCUAUGUCAACCAAAUGGCAUCCACACUCGCCAAUACAAUCUGAAGAUGAACGAUGGUGGACUUAUUGACUUGGAGCACCUGGAGUCGCUGAUUGAUGCUGACACUCGAGGUAUCAUUGUUAACAACCCAUCCAACCCGACUGGUGUUGUCUUCCCUAAGUACCAUUUGGAGCAGAUCCUGAAGUUGGCCUACAAGCACAAGCUCGUGAUCAUUGCCGACGAGAUCUACGGUGACCUGACAUACGAUGGUGCUGUCUUCCACCCUAUGGCCACAUUGUCUCCAAAGGUACCAAUCAUUAGUGUUGAUGGUAUUGCCAAGAGGUAUCUGGUGCCAGGCUGGCGUUUGGGCUGGGCCAUUGUGCACGACAGGUACGGUGUGUUGACUGAGGUGAAGAAGGGAAUGGUCGCUUUGUCACAGAAGAUCGUUGGUCCAUGUGCCUUGGUUCAAGGUGCUUUGCCUAAGAUUCUGAGGGACACACCUCAAGAAUACUUUGACAACAUCAAGGAGGUCAUUGCCAAGAACGCUGCCAUAGUCUACGAAGUGCUGAGCCGAGUACCAGGCCUCAAACCCCUCCGGCCUCAAGGUGCCAUGUACAUGAUGGUGGGCUUUGAUAAGGACAUUUUCGGCGAGGAAACCAAGUUUAUGCAAGGGCUGAUCACCGAAGAGUCAGUGUACUGCCUGCCUGGUUCGGCUUUCAACCUGCCCAACUGGUUCCGUCUGGUACUCACCUACCCGGAGGACGUGACUCGAGAUGCUUGCGAGAGGAUCAACGAGUACUGUCAUAAGCGCCUGAGGCCUGUCAACUACUUGGCACCAAAGUUGAGCUUGGCUGUUGAUGAUGGUAGCGAAGGUACCAUCUCCAACGAUUCGGAUUAA